GAGGCGCUGGCGGAGCUCGCGGGCGUCUCUGAGGAGCGACACCAGAAGGUGGAGGAGGAGAUGCGGCGGAAGCGCUGCCAGGCCUUUGCCGUGAUUUUCCGCGCGACGCUCUCGGGCCGGAUACGCGUAGUGCAACGGGAAGCAUUUGCAGAAUUGGCGCUACAUGCGAGGAUUCAGGCGCUCUGCCGCGGGCAGCGCAUGGCGGCAGCCAAUCGCUUGGUGCGUGCAGUGGGGCAGCCCUUCUGGCGCCAGCGCGAAAGGAGCCUGGCUGCCUGGCGGGCUCAUGGACAGGCAAAGACAUUGGCGGCAGCCAAGGGUUUGCGGCGUGCGCUGGUGUUGCUCUCCAAGCUGCUGAGAGCCCGCGAGGCGGACGCCAUGCGCCAGGCCUUGGUGCAGCUGAGCCGGCUCUGCCAUUCUGUGCGCCAGGAGCAGAAAGCGCUUCGCCAUUUCGAAGCGGACGAGUUCUACAAAGGCCUGUGGCAGCUGGACGAUCCCUCGCGCCGCCGCGCCGCUGUUCGGCUCCUGCGCCUGGCUUUGUCCAAGAGCAGCCGGCGGCGCCUCAGCGGCGCGGUGCGGCUCUGGAGCCGCGGCGCCGGCGAGCGGCUGGGGGCGGACGUGGAGUCGUCGCUGCGCCAGGCGCAGAGCGUCAACGCAGAGCUGGCACAGAACAAUCGCGAAGUGGAGGUGGAAGGUCUGGUGAGUUGCUUUGUGCACAGCCUGGGCGGCGCGGUGCAGCGGCGCCAGCUCUGGGCGCUGCGGAACUGGGGUGCCUCACUCACGCGCUUACGCUUUCAGCCCGCCUCUCGUGCGCGCCUCCAAGCGCAGCCAGGUUGA